GGGAGGACCACUGUGGGGAUCCCGCUGGAGAGUCAAUCGAAUAUGUUUAAACUGGAGUAGGUAUAUAGCAUUUUUCCUGUUGACGGUAAACAACUAUAUGCAGUUGUACAAGCAAAGGCUAACUGUUAAAAUCCCAAGUGGAACUGUUCCUAAUGGGUUUGAAGGAUCGUCUCGCUAAAGGGCACCAUGUCUUCGAUGCAUAUGGGAAUAUUGGCCCGUGGCUGUUUGUCCAAGUUAUAGUUAUCCAUCAAGCUCCUUAUAUCCUGUAGUACGGGCCGCCUUGCCCAUCUCAUGGCUUAUCUCAUGCUGAGUGACUCGGCUGUAGUAAAGUCGGAAGUACUUCCAGUCCCCAUCAAUGGCACUAGCUUUUUUGAAACCUUUUAAGCAAUGUCUAUUUUCGGGGUUGUACUGGAGCUUGAGGCACCAGUUGAGAAAUCGAUACAUAUUAUUUGCAGUGGCUUGCCGCAGCGCGUCUUCUGUAUCGUUCCAUUUCGAGUCGGCUGAUGGCUGGAUUGUUUUGGCCUCACAGCACCUAACUGUGUGUCAAUCAGCUGCUGUUCUAGAAGCGCUCAAGCGAAGGCAACGGUUUGGACUCCGGUCGACUUCUGUAGUAACUGACAAAGACCAACGCUUCUUCAGUCGAAGGUGCAAGUUUCUAGUCUUUUGAGGCCUUCUAUGAUCCUCCGGUACCUCGGACAAAUCCUCUUCUGUGUUAUCGGCUGGAAUUUCGUACCGAGAGCGAUGCAUCAGUCUUAUGGCUGACACGCUCAUAUCUGUGCUUGGAUUCGCUACAGAAGACGCGGUGAUGCCGGCAUCCAAAGACUAUUGAGGCCCAUCAUGUGGGCCUACUUUUCUCCUUUUGGAUUUUCGAGGUGCUGGCGAAAGAUGUUCGGAUUCUGUCAGUUCCGUAUCAGAAUCCGGGCAAUACAGCCUAUCGUUAUUCGUGCCUGCUGAGACACUGGAAGUCUCACUCAAGGCGGCUUCAAGGCCGUGAACUUUGACUCGUUUCCGUCGAGGCAUAGCCAGGGAUCUAUACCGACGACGGAGCACUGCAGGCAAGGAAGCUGAUGUGAAUGCUAUGGUCCCGUACUGGAAAGGAGCAGCAGCAGCAGCAGCAGCAGCGAAUAGCGACGAAAAAUAUAUGUAGAUGGGGUCAAUGUGAUGAAGGAUACGGUUG